AUGACACAGCUGGUGAAGACAGACUCCAGUAAUUACAGAUGUGGCAUUGGCAACAAAAAUGCUUAUGGUUUUCAUGCUGGAGUGAAUCUAACCAUUUGGGAAGGUAAGCAAGCCGUUGGAAUCCAAACAACUUUUUUCAAAAACUGGUGAAGCUAAAUGAAGGGCUAUUUUAACAAUGUGUUUUGUUUUGGGGGGGGGUCUGCUUUUUCAGUUGGCUUGAUGGGAUAAUUUUGCCUGCUUUUUCUUUUUUUGGGUGUGUAGGGUGUGUGUUUUGUCUCUGUUGGUCUGUGUUUUAGUCUGUGUGUAUUGGUGCUGUGCAUGGGGUUUUUGGGGGUAGGGGGAGGAGAAGGAUCUGAGUAUUGCUUCUUUGUUUUUCUUUUAAAUGGGUAUUUUGUGUAUCCACAACAGGUUUUUCCAAAACUCUUUGGACGGCAGUUGCUUUGCCACCUAUUCUCUAAACAAACCAAACCACAAGUGCUAUUAGGGAUAUCCUGGUUUAGAAAAAGCAAAACAAAUAUAUAUUUGGGUAAAAUUCUAUGCUAAGAACUUAGUUCAAAAGACUUCUUGGCAGAAAUCUGGGAUUCAGAUCAAUCACUUUCCAGUUCUGCUUUUGCCUCACUUUUCUCUAUUAACCUCCAAUAAUCAUGGCUCUUUAAGCUCUCUCAUAUCUGUACUCUAAUGUGGAGCCAUUAUCUAUAGAUACAGUUUUCCAUUUACAGUUGUUCAAAGGGCUAAUAACCCAUCUGAAAAACGUAGAGGCAAACAAGGCUUUCAAUAAAUUGCUAGGUGGAUGAGGACAAGCCCAGCUUUUGCAUGUAUUUGGGUUGCUUAAAUGUUUUAAAUGAGAAAGUCUGUUUACAUUUUGUGCCUGCUUGAUUGUUGUUUUAUAAUUAAUAAUUUAAUUCCUGUCCUGUCCUUUCUUACAAAGGAGUUCAGGGUGGCAAACAACAAACUAGCAAAACAAUACAAUUACAUUAAAAAAAUUAAACAUUUCAAAACAGGCACAUAUCCUCACAGCUAAUGAUCUUAAGGAACAGCGUCUUUCAGUCACCAAAUGCCAAGGUGAACUGCAACAUUUUUAAAUUCUUCCUCAAUGUUAAUAAUGAGAGAGACAGAUAUGCUUGACCAGGGAGGGCAUUCAGCAAAUGGGACUCAGCCUCUGAGGAGACCCUAUCAUGGGUCAGUGUGAACUGUACAUCACCCAACAGAAACACCACCAACCGGGCCUCUCCUGCUGAUUGUACCAAUGAUGUGCCAAUAUCAUUGAUAUUGGUAGAGGUGCCCUUCAUUUCUUCUCUUUCUCUAGUAAAACACCUUUUUAUAUUUUCAUAUACAUGCACUAUUGGCUGUAGUAGGUAGUAAUGAUUCUUUGAAAAAUUGUUUAAGACUGGCGGGGGGGGGGGGAGAUAGUAAUAAAUGCUUUGAUUUAUUUUCUCCAAACAGGUCCAAAUAUGCCAAAAUCACCUGAAAUACUUUGGGGUAAAGUGAGAGGGUCAGUGAUGAUCCAAUGCCCAGUGGAAACUGCCAAGUCAAGCAUGAGGAGAUCCUUUUGUAAGAUGAGGAGAUCUGGCUGUUCUCUCAUAGCAGAUAAUAGCAUGAAUAAGGGAAAACAGCAAGAAGGAAGAAUUGUUUUUACUGCUGGAAAUAGCUCAGAAACUUUCAAAGUCUUCAUAAACAAACUGAGAAAAGAAGAUUCAGGAAUGUAUAAAUGUGGAACAGGAACGUCUGAUGACAACACAAGCUCAAGCAUCAUACAACUGGAGGUCACAGAAGGUAAGCAGAGAAGUAAAAUGACAAAAUCACAAAUGUCAUAAUGGCCCUAUGAGCUGGUGGGUAUGCAUAUACUCCCUCUGCAAAUAUGGGAGAUAACCCUCUUCAGAGCUUCAAUGAUCCUUGGGCAUGGGAUUGGUUUUGGGGGAUGCAGAAUGCCUUGCUCCUCUCCUUGCUAGCCCCAACCCAAAGCAGUAGGAAGUUCAUUUUUCAAAUUUGCUUUCCUUCCACCUCCACUUCUAAGCCAGGCUGGCUGAGGGCUUGUUUCUGCUGUCACUUUUCUGGUCCAAUUAGUGACACUAAAAGUCUUCUAUAAAACCAAGCUGCCCACGAAAGAGUGUGCUGGCAGAACUAGACACACAGUUUUGCAAAAAUGUUUCCUCAAGUAUUAUUAUUUCUAAAAGCAUUUCUUUAAAAGCAAUUACAAAAUUACAGUGCUUCUGGAAACCACCUGCCUAAAGGGGUUGUAAAAUGCAAAAGAACAUUCCUUGCCAAAACAUUUAGCUUUUCCUUAUCUUAGCAGCUCAUCUGAUAAACUCGUCAAGUCUAGACACUUCCACUGUAUAGGGAAUCACAUAUUAAUCACAGCUUAUUAAGUGAAGUCUAGCUUCAAUUGACGUAUUCUACAUGACCUUAUAUGGAGACAUCCCUUUCUGCUGGUACCCAAUACAUUUUUGGAAAUUGCUAAAUUCUUUUUCACAACCUUCUCUCAUGGUAAGAAGUCCCACAGCAUCUGUGCAACCGAAAAGCUAGGGUGUGGGGCAGGCAAGCAAGGAGGCACUGAGCAGGUUGCAGCACUAAAAGUGGUCCAAGACCUACUGUUUAAGACUGCUCUAAUCCUAUAGGCUUGAAACCACUUCCAUGUGUCUGACAGUUGGUAAUGUUCCUGCCCUGAGCAGUGUGGAUAUACCCAGAGGAAGUUGAGGAGUCACAAACCUUGCCUGAGCAUAUACUCUUUUCAUGUAAACCCACCACGGGGAGCUCUCAGUUGAAAGAGGCUGCUACUGAAUAAAAUCCCUUGCCUUUCUGUGUGUGGCUAAAUCUGUUAGAACAGGCAGGGCCCUUUCUAAGAGAAGUUGUUCCAAAUCCCUCCGGUGAGCUGUUGCCAUGAUACCUGUGCUCUGCUUUCUCAAUCAGGGUUCUAUGGGAACAUGAGGCAUGUAUGAUAGCACGUGGUUCCUGGCAGGUGUGCAGAGGUGCACUUGAAUAUAAUAUGGGGGGAGGGGAGGGCAAGUAAGCCCCACCCCAUAUAAUAGAUCACAAGAUGCAGUGCUUGCACACCACUUUAUCACUUUUUAUCCUGGGCUGCUCUACUUUGAAUGGUGAAUAUUUUAUUGGGGAGGAGAGGCGAAGGGAACUUGGCCCCUAGGAGUUAUUAUUAUUUAUUGAAUUUAUAUACUGCCCUAUAUCUGGAGGUCUCAGAGCAAUUCACAGAAUAAAAUCAAAAUAUGAAACCACAAAAUACAUAAUUGAAAUAAAAACAAUAGCCCAAUAACACCCCUCCCCCAAACCCCCACAUUUUAAAAGGGCAUAGGAUGUCAAUCAAAUCAGCCAAGUUAAAAAGGAACAUUUUUGCCUGGCGCCUAAAGGUGUAUAAUGAAAGUGCCAGGCAAAGAGUUGGCUCUUAGGUAGGGUGCGUGUGUGUUGGGCGGGGGACAGUGGGGAGGUGGUGCAUUUUAAAAAUGAAUGUACAAAUGAUUCCCUGUGCAUGGGCGACUAGAUUUUAGGAAGGAAGGAAGGCUAUAACUUUCUCCAUGACCUCCCUUUUUAAUGUGGAAGGCUGGGCUGUCCCACCCAUGUGGCAGACUGAGGAAACUGUCUUGGGUGGUGAAACUCUAAGUGGCAGCACCCCCACGUCCACCCUGCCACCUCAUGAGAUCUUUCUGGAACCCGCUGCCACCGCCACUUCACAGGCGCUGCCACGCAACCCAGGUAAGAGAGGAUUUGGUGGUUGCAGGCGCCUUUGGUGGCAGGGCAGCGGCGGGAUGGGGUGGCAAAAUGGGAAAGGAGAUUAUAGAUAGAUAGGCAGAUCGAUACACAAUGUGUGAUCAGGUGAGAUCCCCCACAUUCCCUGUAGUCUGAAGUGGUAUAGCUCAAACAUAUAUUACUAUCUUAACAAGGCAGUAUUACUUCACCCUAGGGGUACUUUUUGUAGCAUUGCCCUUUAUGCCUGCACAGUGAAUCACAUGCAGACAUCCAAUCUGGGGUCCCACUAUAGCAUAAAGCUCAAUUCUAAGUGGAUUCCAGGUGGUGAGAUAGGUUGCUAUGUGCAGGUCUGGCCCAAUACAUUUUGCCGCAUGGGACAAAAGACAAGAUGGUUCCUUCACCUUUUGAUGCACAGAAGGCAACUUGGCCUGCAGUUGGAUGUUAUUUCAAUUCUGUCAACUGCAGAACAUCACUCAGUGCUUCUGAGAGGAUUAGGUUGAUCAAGGGGGUGCAGGAUAGGACACACACAACCAGAUGGGUACAGCCAAUAGGGUUCAAGAGAAACAGCUAGUGGGUUGCUGCCGCCUUCUAGCACCUGCUGCCUGAGGCAGCUGUCUCACUCUGCCUCAUAAAGCUGGCCCUGAUGAAGUGAAACCACUGGCAGCUGUUGCAUCAUGAUAAAGGUGGUGGAUAUCCCUCUUUCUGGUCAAUGCUAGGUGGAAUAGGACAGUGCUGCUGCCUCAUACAACUGUACAGUUUCUGAGUUGAUAGCCUCUCUGGAACUGAUGCUGCUGGCAUCAGAAGGGCCAACUCUCCAUGUACCAACUGUGCAGCAUCUUCCAUGGUACUGGCUGCAGAGCCUCCACUUACUCGACUGCCUCCUGGAGUCAAAAGGUAAAGGUGAGAAGGACCCUGUUCCUACAUUGCCAUGCUGCAGCCUCUUUCAGCUUCAUCCAGCAAAGCCUUGGGCAUCGUUCUUCUGACAACUCCCUCUGAAUUCCAGUUAAUAGCACUGAAAUACAGUUCCCAUAAUCCCCACUCAACAUGAUCAAUGAUCUGGGCCAGUGGAUGGGAGUUGUGGUUCAGCAACAUCUGUGGGGCUACAAGUUGGCCACCCCUGGUGUAGGAACAUUCAAGAGCAUCUUGAUUUUCAAUGAUCCUCAAUUACAGAAUCUUUUUCCUCCUAACAGAAUUGGUUUUCUUCAACAUCGUAAAUGAUACAGCAACCACAUAUGAGCCACAAACAAUCUGGACAUCCCCCCACAGUUAUGUGACAGCUACAAAUGAAGUUUACAAGCAAAGGUAAAGUUAGAAGAUGCCUUGUCUAGUUUAAGCACAUUCUCAUGCUCAGUGGCAUCCAGCCAUUCCUCUAAAAUUUAAGUUUAAAAAAAUGUCAUCCAACCAGUCUGAAAAAUAGGCGCCAGUUUAGCAGCUGAUGCCAAGGAAAGAAUGAGAAACUGAUCCAAACUAAUGUGCUGAGUCUUCUAGUUAAAAUACUAACAUGUGUAAAUGGGGGAGAGCUGCUAGUGUUCUGCACACUUAAUAUAUGAACUGCAGUUUCCCAAAAUAGCCAGUCGAAUGCUUAGAAAGGAAGCGUUGAAAAAGAAUUAUGCGUUGCAAGAAAUAAGGAUGAGCCAGUAGAUGGCACUCCUUUCACUGGUGUUAACGCUUAUUACACUGCUGCAAACGUUAUUUCAAACAAAAAAACAAAAUGCAAGGUCUAUAGAAAAAUUAGAGACAAUUGAUGAACUGAUGGGUGGGGAGGGUGCAAUUUUGUGACUGGGCAGAAAUCAGAGCAAUCAUCAAAAGGGUGGUAAAUGUUUGAGUGUCCUGUGCGUCUCUCUCUCUCUCUCUCUCUGAUUGGUGGUUGCACCGACUUUUUGCCACACCCUCUGCUAGAUUGAAGUCUCUGAAGGGUUAGCUAAGGGUGACUGUGGCUCUGUUGUAAAGGGCAAAACAUGCCAAUUCCCACCACAACACAAGGGUAAUUUUGAACUCUUUUGCCCCAAGUCCUAAAGGUAACAAGGAUCUUUAGAACACCAGACUAUCUCUUAUCUUCAGUGCUUUUUUCCUGGGGGUACGUAGGGGUACGCAUACCCAUAAACAUUUUGUGAAUCUAAAUUUGGCCUCAUUAAGGGGCAGUAUUUCAAUAUGAGUAGGAAAAUGAGAGUACCCCUAAAUAUUUUUUUUAGUAAAAAACCAUUGCUUAUCUCCAGAAAUAACCUGGUGAGCCCCACACUCAUGCUAUAUUUGGGACUCUUGUUAUCAUGAGAUGCCCUCAGAAUGCUUUUAACCAAGUAUUUUAACUAGCCAGUGAUGCUUAAGGCAUCUGUAGUGUAGGGGCCCUGUCUCUCACCAAGGUGAACUCCUGAACUCCUUUUGAUCCCACUGGGUGAUGCUCCUUUGAAGCAUUGCUUGCCAGCUUCUACCCCUUCUGAGCUGCCUUUACUUCCUCUCUCCCCUACUUAUUCAAUCUCCCCUAUCUUCUUGUCUCCAUUUUAUCCUGGGCUGCUCAACUUCUCCUCCUCCGGGAGGACAUUUGGCAACUUACUGGUCUAAUGUUUGGGCUGCUAACUUGUAUGAGCUGCUCCUGAUCCCUGCACCGGCACCAAAAGAGAUAGAUGUGUAACAGACACCCACCAGCCACUGGGGAAGUAAAAGUUUACACAUGAUGACAAGCAAAAAAACAAACCCAAAACAAAACAAAACAAAACAAAAAGGUCUUUUUUGUACUAUGUCUAUUUUUAGGUUGUCUGAAACUGAACUAAAUCUACUUCCAAUUGUGAUACCAAUUUUGCUUGGAUUUCUUGUUCUGGCUGCAGCUGUUAUCAUUGUAUUUCUUAAGAUAAGGAAGCGAAAGAAGGACGGUAAGCAAAGCCGUCUAUUCUCUUGGUGCUUCUGUGCAUUUGGUUCUUGUUGGGGCAGCAAAAUAUGGCACAAAACAGCCCUUGCUGGUAUCAUGUUCAGUUUUCAUUCACAAUGGAUGCAGGUUGGCUAAAUCUUGCUGGUCCAAAGUUUGUCCGAUUUAAGCUGGAGCAUUUGUCUAUGUAUCCAUUAUAUCAAUGCACUUGAAUCACAACUUUCACAAGGACACUGGCUGUAAAUCAUAAAAUGCAGACACCAUUGUAGUUGUGCAAUACCAACAGUACUGUACGGGCCUAUUCUUUCCUUAGAAGUAAGUCCUACUGAGCUCAAUGAGGUUUAAUCCCAGGUAAGCAGGUAUAAGAUUCCAACCUAAGCGGUAAAAACAUAAUUCCUACAAGGUAUAUAAGGAAACAGCACAAGGGCAAGAACAUGUUUCUAGAAGGCCUGGCAGCAUAAGACUUUAACCUUAGAAAAAUGAGGCGAAAGAGCUACAGUAGCAACAUGGGCCUUAUAAGUGACAGUGUCUUAAAGCUGGGUUGCCACUACCAAAAAGGUCACACUGCUUCUCUUAGCCAGGACAAGCACCUGGAGGAAGCUCUCAGCAAAAUGUCCUCAGUUCCUGAGGACAUUGGCAUGGCAGAAUUCAUUCUCUAAAGUGUCCCAAGCCAUGUGGAGCUUUAACAGCAGUACCUUGACUUUAGCUCAGAAACAAAUGGGCAGGCAGUACUCUCAAUAUUGGCACAAUAUGGCCUGUAAAGCUACCCCCUAUUAGUGAUUGUGCAGCUGUAUAUUGGACCUGCUGAAUUUUCCAAACCUGCUAUGCAGUAGUCUAAUCUAGAUAGCAUCUAUGAUAGGUGCAAACUCUCCCUUUUCCAGAAGAGGGUGCAGCUGGCAAAUCAAUAGAAACUGGGGGGAAAAGGAAUUAUCUAGUUAUCAAGGAGCAGUACUGGCUUCAAGAAUGCUCCUCUGCCCCAAAUCUUGUGUACCUGGUUCUUACAGGGAAUGUGAUCCUAUUCAGAAAAGGCAGUGCACCCACCACUCCUGGUUUCUUAGGUCUCCUAUUUUCAGGAAGUAGUGUGACCUAUCUGGUGAGGGCCCAAGUUGUCCAUGAUUUUUGCCUCAAUAGAGAGCCUAUCUCAGUUUGUUUCAUUGUUAAAUGUCAGAAACAAUAGUGGUAUGUGAUGGACCCAGAGCACCAUUAGUGGUGGUGGUGUGACAUUUGCCAGGACAGGAUGGGUGGGGGCAAAGCAUUGCUUUGAAGAUGUUCAAAGCACAAGCUAUUUGCACAUGAAUAUUAUUUUGCCCACUGGCUUCUCUGGGACAACUCUCACUGCCAAAUCUAGUAAACCUGCAUAACAUAUUGAAACAUCAAUUUAUUUUGAGACUAGUGGUAUGUCUUCUUAGCCACAAAAGUUACCCCAGUAGUCAAUGGAUGAAAAUGUAAUUAUCUGUUGGGUUUUUACCAAAAGCUUCAAAUGACAUUCCUGCAAGAAACCCUGAAGGAGCAAUAGCCCUGGCUGGCCGACAUUGUUCAGGAGAACGACCCAUGGAAGAGCAAAUAGGCUCAGCGGAUGAACAAGAAUCUGCCCUAGACCCUGACAAAGGUACGAGUUCUUUCUGCUUCUGUGACUUAAAUUUCCUUUGUUAGAUGAAUAUCAAUAAUAUUAACCUCCUUCCCAAAAUGUUGGCCACAAUCCAUUGCACAAAUGCGUGCAAUGGGCUUCUUUCUUUCUUUCUUUCUUUCUUUCUUUCUUUCUUUCUUUCUUUCUUUCUUUCUUUCUUUCUUUCUCUAUCAUUGUUUCUGCAUGCAAAGAAAUAUGUGAGGGGCAGUGAUGGAACACCCCCUUCAGCACAUCUCUUUUAUUGUGUUUUAUUUAUUGAGUUUGAGGGUGACGGUUUGAAGCAGAGAGUCUUCCCUCCUCUAUGCAUGGAGAUUCCCCGUGGGAUUUAGAACCUUGCCAAAUCACAGUUUCAUAGUUCUGGUGCAUGGCUCCCAUCUGUUUAAACCCUUUUGUCCUCAUUUUCAAUAUCUUUUGUAAUAAGGAGGUUCUGAUAUAAUUAUUGGAUGACUAAUUUUUUUUAAAAAGAAGAAGCUAUGAACAGCAAGCUUUAUUAUGUUGAACCGACUAAUAUAGUACAGUUCUUUGGGGUCUUACAUUAAUUUAAAGCUACUGCUUUGUAUGGGGUUGUUAGGAUACUAUUAAUGCUCAAAUGGUAUUAAAGUUUCUUGUGGCUGUAGAAUGUUGAAAUCUGGAGUCAGGGUAUAUUGAUCACAUGGAAACUACUGAAUAAAAUAGCAAAAAUGAGGCUGAGGUGGUUUUUUAAAAAAAAAUCUUUGCAGAGUUGGUGGUUGUCAAGCCAUCCUGUUUUGGACCAUGUUCAAGUACUUUAGAGGCAAGGACAUAAAAGUAGUCCCAAAUAAUUUAGCUUCUAUGAUAUAACCUAAUAUUUCUCUCUCUCUCUCUCUGUUUUAGUUGAGGUCCCAGUUGAAAAUGAAUAUUCCUUGCUCAGCCAUGGGGCAAAUCCCGAAGACUUGAGAGAAACUGAUUGACUGCCUUUUCAAAUGAGGUUGCAUAUAGUUAACAGAGUAUUUUGAAAGCUUUCAUUAUGUAAUCUAUUCUAUGUCUAAGCAGCAGUCAUUCUGCACUAUAUUGUCCCCUUCUGAUAUUGACAUAAAAUUAUAUCAGAAAUACAAUGUGAGGUACACCUCUUAUUAGUUUUAAAGUAAUCACCAGGACCUAGACACCUAUAAGGCUUCUAAUUCUGUGAAUUAGAAUGAGUCUUUGCAGUAUGUGUGUGCCUUUGGAAAUUAAGGGAAUUUUCAAAAGCAGUUUGUGCUAUGACAUGAGAUGCUGCUCAGAAUUGGGGGUUAGUAUUAAAAUAUAUACUGGUUCUGUGCGAGAUCUUGGGUGCAUCUCAGAUCACUCUCUGGAUCCUUGCUCUUGUGAUCAUCUUAGCCAUGAUUCAUAUACAGUGGUACCUCGGGUUACAUACGCUUCAGGUUACAUACGCUUCAGGUUACAGACUCUGCUAACCCAGAAAUAAUACCUUGGGUUAAGAACUUUGCUUCAGGAUGAGAACAGAAAUCGUGGUCUGGCGGCACGGCGGCAACGGGAGGCCCCAUUAGCUAAAGUGAUGCUUCAGGUUAAGAACAGUUUCAGGUUAAGAACGGAUCUCUGGAACGAAUUAAGCACAGUGGUACCUCCGGUGGUCUAUUCUUAACCUGAAGCACCACUUUAGCUAAUGGGGCCUUCCGCUGCCGUUGCUCCGCGGCCGCAUGAUUUCUGUUCUCAUCCUGAAGCAAAGUUCUUAACUCGAGGUACUAUUUCUGGGUUAGUGGAGUCUGUAACCUGAAGCGUCUGUAACCUGAAGCGUAUGUAACCCGAGGUACCACUGUACUUAACCCGAGGUACCACUGUAUGAGUUUUAUAUUGAGAGAGGUGAUGUCAGGAGCCAGAGUCAAACAUAGGUCAGCAAUAAAAAACAUGGUGUCAGUGUUUCUUUGUUCAAAGAAACCAAAACAGUGCAGGCCUAGUGACCCCAGCAACUCUUCCCAGCAGGUCUUGCUCCGGUGAGGCAGUUGCGAGAAUUGAAGGUCCCCACCUUCCCACUGCUCUCAAAGACACCUCCUUUCCAGGGUGUUUCCCAAGCAGUCACAAAUGACACCUGCACACAACCAAUCUCUGCUCUUUUCAUUUCUCUGUGUGUUCUAGGAGACCAGGGCAGAGGAAAGCUGGUUGCAGCAGGAAAGGGAGACUCCCUGGAUUCUUCAGCAGCCUGUCUCAACUCUGCCUCUUUGGCCAACCUCCUCUCCAGCUUCUGCUUCAGCCUUGGAGUCUGAACCGCUCUCUGCCACAGCUUCUUCCUGCUCAUUAAACCCAGUUACCUCUUCUGCUUCUGAAACUUCCUCCUCCUCCGAUUCUGCUCUUUCUUCUGCCUCCAGCCACCCAUUGUCAUCCCACCCCCACUCCCGUAGCUCUGAGCCUUCUUCCCCUGAGGGUUUCCUUUGGCUUUCCCCCAGCUGGUGCCCCCCGUUUUGCAUCCAGUCAGUCCAUCACAAGUGACCACAAAAUUAUUUGGUUAACUGAGUUUCAUGUGGUGGCUUUGUUGCUCAAAUGCAAAUAGUGAGAGCUGAUGUAGAAGAGCUGUGGUUCAGUGGCAGAGCGCAUGCUUUGCAUGAAACAGAUAUCAAGCCAUUUCCCUGGCAUUUCCAGAUAUGAUUGGGAGAGACUCCCUGUCUAAAACCGCUUUGAGGUUUUGUUUUUAUAAUAAUAUAAAAUAUGCUUUUAUAUAUAAGUAUAUAAUUUUUAUGAAAUAAAUAAAUAAAACUCCCAGGAGCCAGUGCUUUCCAGUGGACAAUAAUGAGUUACCGGUAGAUGAUUUUACUCCAGUGAUCUUACUCCAGCAGGGGUCAGCAAACUUUUUCAGCAGAGGGCCGGUCCACCGUCCCUCAGACCAUGUGGUGGGCCGGACUAUAUUUUUUGGGGGGAGGGGGAAUGAACGAAUUCCUAUGCCCCACAAAUAACCCAGAGAUGCAUGUUAAAUAAAAGGACACAUUCUACUCAUGUAAAAACACACUGAUUUCCGGACUGCCCAUGGGCCAGAUUUAGAAGGCGAUUGGGCCCGCUCCAGCUCCCGGGCCUUAGUUUCCCUACCCAUGCUCCAGAGGAUAAGGCAGCUUCCUAUGUUCUUAUAUGGAUAAAAGCAAUGGAGCUGGAUUAGCUCCAGGAUGGCAACUAAAUACUAGCAGGCAGCAUAUGAAAGGAAUGUGGUGAAAUCACCUUCUGACAACUUCAAUAUAUCUAAAAGUAAGAUAUGACUAGGGCCUUAAGUGGAAUGGACCAGCGUGUUUUUCUAGAAUGUCACAAUUUUCCAAAGUUUGCUGAUUUUAAAACAUUUGACCAUCUAAAGUGCAUAUUUCAGAAUUAAACAGACCACAAAUAGGCCAGCAUCCCCUCCCUUCCAGCAAGUGCUCUCUGAAAUUGCUAAAAAUAUUGCAAUUGUUUGAUAGGUUGCAACAAUUUCACAUGUACUUAUUCCUACUCUAUAAUAAAUAAGGCAGUGACCCAGAAUUAUAUCGUGGCAAACUGUUUUUACACUGUUCCUGUUGUUAUAAUGUGGAUUUGUUUUUGUUUUAAAAAACUUGUGCUGGAUUUUGAUGCUACUGGUUUUUUUGAUGCUAUGUGCUUUUUUUUCUUUUAAAGAAAAGUUUUAAUUUUUGUUUUUAAAAAAUCUUCCAGUGUUUAAAAUACAAAAAUUGUUGUUCGCCAGCUUAUGUGUGAGGGGGUAAGUAAUAAUGUAAAUAAACAACCAGUAUUGGAUUGGAGUCACCCCUUCUAUUGGAUGAAGGGAACAUUUAGAUCAAACCCAUGUUGUAUUAAUUUCAUUGUAAUCAGAGUGUGCUGGGGAGAAAAAUAAUAUUCAUUGCACAUAUAUUUUUCAGAUAUUUGUUUGCCCCCCCUUUCUGUACAAAUAAUAAAAUCUGAGUUAUUUACAAAACUUUGGCUAUGAUUGUCAAGAUGCAGUCAGCAAUUGAGCUUCAUUCAUGAUGAUUAAGCAAUUAGCACCAUGUAUAAAUCAUUGUAAUGGUUCAAACUCAUUACAUAGAUAAUAGCCGGUGCCUUUGAGUGCAUUUCCUUGUUUCUGUGAUGUUGAAGUUUUGUACAGCAAUAACCAUGAUGGAACCGCAGAUGAGAAGCAAUAGUUAGAUAAGCUGUAUGCAAACAAGGGAGAAUAAAGUAACUUUGGACCUGAUACUGUAUACAGCAGUACCUUGGGUUACAGACGCCUCAGGUUACAGACGCUUCAGGUUACAGAUUCCACUAACCCAGAAAUAGUACCCCGGGUUAAGAACUUUGCUUCAGGAUGAGAACAGAAAUCACGCGGCGGCAGCGGGAGGCCCCAUUAGCUAAAGUGGUGCUUUAGGUUAAGAACAGUUUCAGGUUAAGAACAGACCUCCAGAACAAAUUAAGUUUUUAACCUGAGGUACCACAGUAUUUUGCAUUCAACACUGGAUGGAUGAUGCAAAUAUUUUGCAUCCUUAAUAAUGACAAGAUCUAAUUAAUAGGAAGCGACUCUUAACAAUCAAAAAGGAACCUACAUAUUCCCUGUGUUGGCACCUCUUCCAUCUUCAGAAAAGAGAAGAUUGUUUUUAUUGUAAGCUGAAACAUUGUUUUAUUUAUUCUGGGGAUGAGUACAAACUGAAAAUCCUUGUCCAUCAGGUUUUGUGCUUUUGUAUGUAAAAUCAAACAAUGAGAGAGGCUGAAGUUCAGGCUUCAAGUUUCCAGAGCCACUUUAGUCAGAUGGCUAUAAAUCUGGCAGUAAGGAUAUUUCAGGCUUCUAGGAUCUGCUUCGCUUUUGCUAGAACUCCAACAACCAUCAAGCAGAGCCUGGUGCAAAUGACAUAAUCUUCGAAGUUAAGGAUUCUGAGGCCAGAAAUUUCUUUUGAGCUCACAAUUCUUCCAAACUAGCACUCCCCCUACUCACAGUUCUGGUCCCCCCUAUCCCUGCUUCCUUCAACUGGAUUUCAAAAAAUUCUUUCUAAUCUACUUAAUAAUACUAAGAUCUACUGCUAAAUUCUACCUUCUGCCCAGUCCUGCUGUAAAUGGCUAUUUUUUUUAUUUUGAAUCCACCCAUUGUAAUGCAUAACCCUGAAGAAUAGCUCCACCACUUCUAGUGUAGGGGAACAAAGUUGGAUUAUUUCACAUUUAAAUAUGAAUUUACCUAAUUCACACUUCAAGAUGUGACUUGAAAUACAACCAUCCUUCACACUGUCCCAAAUUUUGCAGUGCAGUUCUCCAGCCAUGGAAUAUGUACAAAAAUACACAUACUAUUGUAAACUAUGCAUUUAAAUGCAUAUAUUAGAGAAAAUAACCUAUAAAAUGCAUUAUAGGAGGGGAAAUUUAGCUUUUCAAAUUUACAUACUUUAGGCAAAAUUGCAUAAACGUGUGUAUAUUAAGAGAAAUAUGUACUACAAUGCUGGUUAAUUUUCAUGACAUUUUCAUGUAUUUUCAAGAAUCAUAGAAUCAUAGAAUUCUAGAGUUGGAAGGGACCCUGAGGGUCAUCUAGUCCAACCCCCUGCAAUUCAGGAAUCUCAAGUGAAGCAUCCAUGGCAGAUUGCCACCCAACAUCUACUUAAGGAGGACCCAUCAACUUCAGAGCGAGUCCUUCCCAUGAAUUUUCUUUCAAAAAUAACAACAACCACAAACCAAUGUGGAAUAUGGAGAACUAACCUUCAGACUGGAAAAAGAAGAAACUGAAAUGGACAUAUUUACACAUCUCUAACCAUUUCAUUCUUCAACCUGGAUAAUAUUUAGUAUCAUCUGGAAUUGCCUUUAGUUUUGUUGCUGCUGCUCCUUACUGUUCCUUUUGGAAACCCUGAAAUUUCAGCAAUUUGUGUUGUGCUCCCCUCCCCUGCUCACUCUCUGUGUCACCACAAAUAGCUUUCCCUGUUCUUAAUUUUGCAUUCCUGUGCACCAUUGCAUACACACAUAUUAAGGGAGUGUAUGCAAUACCAGUGUGUAUUGCCAUAGUUGAAACACUUCAGACACACCCUCUGGAUGUUUCCUUACUUGCCUUCUUGAGAAAAGAGAAAGGAGAAGUUCCGUAAUGCAGUCAUGGAAGGGUACACUCUGAACUGCGUGUUAUUUAUCUAAACUGGGUCAGAGCCUUACCAAAUGAGCAAACAUGGGAAAUAUCAUUUUAUUAUGAUCCUUACCAGAACUUGGAAAAGUUAUGCUUCGCCUGGCCACCUCCACCUGCCCAUCUCAGUGCAAAGGAAUUGAUGCUUGUAGGAGAAAGGGGAAAUACUGCUUGUGUUUAACUUCUUUUUAAAUCGAGGAAAGAGCAUUUGGACUCUCAAUUAAUUUGCUAAACCAAAUAAUCAAACUGUUAAAAAUGUGCAGAAAGUCAUGAGAAGUCCUUAUUUAUGGUGCCACUGUCCAAUAUUUGCCCAUGACAGUUGUAUCAUAGAAUCACAGCACUGAAGAGUUGGAAGGGACCACAAGGGCCACAAGCCUGAGAUUAAGAGUUUCACGCUUUACUGACUGAGCUAUAUAAUCACAUUCCACAUAGCAUUUGGUAUUGUAAUUGACCCCUAGGCUGUGCACCUGGUCCUUUAGGAGCAAAGUUACCCCAUUCAGGACCAGGGAGUCCCCCACAUUUGCCUGCCCCCUGUCUCCUAGAAAAAGUACUUCUGUCUUGUCAGAAUUCAGUUUCAAUCCAUUAACCUCCAACCUCUCCCAGAUACAGGACAUUCAUUGCCCUUACUGGUUCUGGUUUAAACAAGAGGUAGAGCUGAGUAUCAUUUGUAUACUGAUGAAGUAUAUUUACUAGUGCACUUGUGUGCCUCAAUAAAUGUAAUCAUCAGUGCACUCUUUGAACAUUAAAAUUGUGCAGCCUCCAAAACACAUACGCUUCCAAAACAUAGUGUGUGUCAUAAACAAUGAUUGAACACUGGUUCUCAAUUAGCUACAUAUGGCGGACCCCCCGUUUUUCAAAUGCCAAGUCACAGACUCCCUAUUUUUGAAUUUUUUUAUAUCUCUGUGGUAGUUUUUGUUACAUGAAUGGUGUCAUGGACCCCCUGGGUAGGUUUUGUGGACCGCAGGGGGUCCACAGACCAUCAAUUGGGAAUCACUGGCAUGGUACAUUUGUGGGAUGGUAUUCCUUUAAGCAGUUUCAACAGGUGGAUGGAUGUACAGGGCUGGAGUUAAGAGGAGGUCUUAUGACACUUUCACUUUUGUCAAAUCCAGUUUUGUGCCAGCUGUACUUAGGAAGCCCAGGGACAAACAGCCAUAAAGAGUGAAGUGACUCAAGGGUCAGAUUUUUGACACAGUAGGAGGAUAGAACAGAAGGGAAAAGGCGCUUUUUGCACCAGUGGUCUGCUCUGCACAACUAAUCCAGAAUGUGAGUAAUGCUUCUUUACUAUUCUCUAGCAGUGUGAAAUUAUAUUGCUGCAUUUGUAACAACAGAACAACACCAAUGAAUUUCAAAAAUGAAAAUGUUUGAUUUCCAGGCUCUGAGACAUCAGCCUUCAUAUUUAGAGGGUCAAUCUGUAGAGGUACCAAGGAAAUUUAGGACUGCUCCAGAGAUGCUUACCACAGUUACUUUGAACAUUUUGUUCAGGAGUCAUUCCAAAUCAUACAAUUUAUCAAUUUAUGUGGAGGCUAUUUUAAUCACUAGGCUGCAGACACAUUUUAUAUAAACUCUUUGAUGAGUCUUAACCAUGUUUACCUGAGGUAAGUCCCCUUGAUAGCCUGCUUGUGAAUUCAGGCUAGCUGUAUAUUUUUAAAUGGGUACUAAAGAAUGGAGGCCUUGUUUAGUAUAUAGAGAUAUUUAUGGAAACCAUAUGGAUAAUUUUUUUGUUAAUUAUUUUGGCACUGUGUGUGUGAAGGGGUGAAAACACCACUCAGAAGCUGCCACUGAGUGACACUUGAAGGGGGCUCUGCUGUUGCCCCAAAGUCUACCGCUUAGAACAUCAGUUGGUGAUUGUGGCAGGAAGGGAGCAUGAGGCUGCAUUAUGCAGGCAUUGUUCCUAAGGAGUAGCUGGUAGAUAUACCAGGAUGAGGCACAAAAGUACCUGCACAUCAAACCAAUCAGGUUUGUGCUGCUCGUAGGAGCUGCCCACUUACACAAAGUCCCUAUGUACAAUCUCACCCAACACAAGGCUGAUGUGAUGGACUGUCUUGGGGUGAAAGCCCAGCUGAGCACUACAGUGCCUUUGGAAUCCAUCCUUCCUUCCCCUGCUCAGCAGGAACCUCCAAAUUCACCUCAAAUUCUGCCAUGGAUGGAGUUAAACGUCAGUCUAAGGAAGUGCGAAAUUCGCCUGAGGACUUGCACUAGUCAUCAACAUUAUUUUUGCUACCCUUGAAAUUUCUGAGAUACUUUGCCUAUUCAGGAAUCUUCAAAUUCACCUCAAAAUGUUGCUCAAAUUGAAACUCAGUAACAACUCUGGGUGAGAUAAGCAACCAAAGGAGCAUCUGGUUCUCCUCUUUGUUGUGAAGCAAGAUCAUCUCCAUCUAUCUAAUUUGAAUGAUAAUGGUCACAAGCAGAACAUAAAGUGUGUUGCAGAAAGGUGCUUGGCUGAAGGUGCACCAUUCAUUAAGUCAAGUCAAAACAUAGAUCAGGGCCACAGUCAUAGAAUCAUAGAAUCCAACCCCCUGCAAUACAGGAAUAUUUUGCCCUACUUGGGGCUUGAACCUAUGACCCUGGGAUUAAGUGCCUCAUGCUUUACUGACAGCCAAUGUAACUUGGAGGGGGGGGGGAAUAAGCUGGACCCAAAACAAGUGAAUCACUUAAUCCCUUAGCAUAAGGUAAACCUACCCACCAAGUCAUCAUAAAGGAGUUUUUGUUAGACACAAUUUCCCCAACAUGCUGUAGUAAUGUAUGGCAGAACUGAUGUCCUGACAGAAGAAGGGGGAAACUUUCCUAUCACUGGAUUGCAAUUGAGGUCCACAAAUUUCAUUCAGAGAGCUGCUCUGACAAGUUGAGUUUUAGUGCUUUGGGGACAAUAUCUGGAAGGUAUAGUGUAUUACUAACUUUGCUAACCUUUAAAUAGACUAGGUCUGCUGCAGUUCUUUUUGCCCCCAAACCAGAUAUUUGUUUAUUUAAAAAGUGGGAUAUCAAAUUAAUCUGCCUCCAGAUUUACCGUACUUUUACAGAAGUUUGGAAUGAAGGGUUGGCAGGUCCUUGUGGAAGGCAGGGUGUUACACCUCAGAGCAAGGAGAGAAGAUAUGUUUUCCUGUGGAACCAUUCCUAGUUUUCUCCUCUCUUCUAAAAUUUGAACUACUUCCUUUUACAUCUUAGGGUGUGACAGAAGGCAAUCAGUGUUUUAAUGUUUGUGCACCAGGUUUUUAAAAAUGUAAGUUGAGUGGUUAGUGUGCAUAAUAACCAGCCAUUGUGCACAUUCACCAGGCCGCAACUGCAUACAUUCACCGCCCAGCUUAAAUCGUACCUAACAUAUACCGGUAUAUCAAAUUAGAUACAAAUAAAUGAGACUAUUAUAAAGGAGCGUUCAUAAGGUCUGUCCCGCUUUAUAAACCAUAUUUCAUUUUUCAUUAAUGUUUCUUUUUAAGGCCUAAGAAAGGUCUUAAGAUAGAAGCGAAGUUAAGAUGCAGGUGUGCAGUUCUCUGAAUCAUCUUUAUUCCUUUUCUUGUGAAAUUAACUUCACUUCUAGCUUAAGAACUUUCAAGCAAACUUCCCAUUCUUCUAGAUUAGUUCUUAAAUCAGAUAACUUGCCCAUAAGAAGGUCAUUGCAGCUGUAUUAUUAACUCAAGAACAAAGCCCACUGUAUGAUGGUCACUGUAUUAUUUUUUCCAUAACUCUUAAGCAAUUCUAUGCUCACUUUUGACUCCUAUCAUGAUUCAGAAACAAAAACCACGACUGCAUGCAAGUGAUGAGCAGAGGGCACCUUAUGAUUAUUCUAAAAAGUGAUAAUGAGUCUGGCUUGCGACUUGAGAUUUUUAGUUCAUUUUUGCAAAGCUUUAUGACAUUUGCAUUCAAUAAAUGCAAUAUACUUCCUGAAUGGAGAUAGCUCAGUUGGUAGAGCAUGAGACUCUUAAUCUCAAGAUCAUGGGAUUCAUUCCAUGCCAACCUCCCCACCUCCUCAACCCUCCCUAUCUGCCUCCUGGUAAGUAGGAGUGAUGAAAGCAAAUGGAGCGGCAGCAUUUACCUUAGCCCUUUUCAGACCUUUAAUCUGUGUUUAUUGGCACACAUGAGGAGGGGCAGAAUAUGAGCAGCAGAUCCUGCCCCAGGCAUUUUUAUUUGAAAGCUAUUUUAUUGGAAAUUGUAGGUUCAGAUCUGCAUGGCAAGAAGGCCCUAUGAGUUGUAUGUAUAUAAAUUCUAUGCAGACAUAACUGUUGAAUGUGUAGAGUUCAGCAGUGAGGACAGCAUACAGAAAUCCCAUUUCUCCCCUCCUAGAGGUACAAUCCCUGAAACGAGGUAUUGACUGUCAAACCACUCUGUCAAGUAUAGCUCUGGGAGGGGAAUAGGGGUCUUCUAACAGCACUCAGCACACUUAAGAAGCUUCAGCUCCCAGAAUUCUUUUGUGGAAGCCGUGACUGUUUUAAAGUGGUAUAUUGUGGUACUGCACAUUGCCUAACAUUAGUUUUCCAGUCUCAAGCCUGGCUGUGGGCCACUUCAUUCUCCACAAUGCUCAAAUUCUGAAGAAAAAGAAGGGAGGGUUAGGGAAAUGGCAAGUUUCUCAUCCCAGCUCCACCCUCCAAUUUUAACUUUCUAACAACAGUAACUGAGGGGGAGGGGACGGAGGGAGGGAGAAAGAGGUGCUAAUACAGAAUAGUGCACCCAGCAAACCAGCAUUUGAACAGUUAGUCUCUUACCAGCACGUGUGCAUAUAAAAAAGGCUCACAAUGGUAAGGGCCCACUUGAUUUCUUUUAAACACUUCGCAUGCAUCAGAAUUUUGCAGAAUAACCAUUUCAUAAUAUGAUUAAAGCUACUGUUAGCAAAUGAAGAUUUAACAGUUAUGUGCUAGUUAUAUAUAUAUAUACAGGGAAGCACAUUCAGGUGUACAUGUAAUUGGCAUUUGGUUAUAUGUUAACAAUACAUUUCACACUACUUCAACUUGACACUAUUAAUCUUAUACAGAGGUAGAUAAUAGUGCCGAUAAGAGGUAGAAAACUGGGUGACUUUGCAGAAGUACUGAAACUGGAAAUGUGUGCUUGUGGAUAACAUGUGAAGAACAUGUGAACAGGAAGUUAUGCAUUCCCCAAGCAUGCAGAGGAGAUGCGUGAGUUUCCCUUUCACAAGGGAGAAGUGUGGAGAGUUUAAGCAUAUUCAGUAAUGCUUGCUGCUUGCAUAAUUCACAAAGCUUCCCAUAAACUUAGAAGUGUAAUUUUGAUUCCAGGUCAGCUUGUACAGUGUACCUAAACAACUUUGAAAAGGAUUGUUAGCUGUACUGCUUCACUCCUAUGAAAUUCAGGUUUUGCCUGUAUUUUCCCUUGAUCAAACACAUUAUCAGAAUAACUCAUCUGGGGUAGAAUGGAUAUCCUUAACAGCCAGGACAAUUUUGACAGAGAUCAAAUGAACUGUAGUUUCAUAAGGGAUGGUACAUGGAUUUUAAAUCGUAGGAACAAAUUGGGUUUGUGCUUGAUGAACUCUUGAGAUAUUUAGUUUGAUUGUAAGAUUGGCAACAGAACCACAAUUAAUUGAUUAAUUAAUCUUCAAAUUUGUGGAGUACCUUAUUUACCGUAUUUGUUGUUGUUGUUGUUUAGUCGUUUAGUCGUGUCCGACUCUUCGUGACCCCAUGGACCAGAGCACGCCAGGCACUCCUGUCUUCUACUGCCUCCCGCAGUUUGGUCAGACUCAUGUUUGUAGCUUUGAGAACACUGUCCAACCAUCUCGUCCUCUGUCGUCCCCUUCUCCUUGUGCCCUCCAUCUUUCCCAACAUCAGGGUCUUUUCCAGGGAGUCUUCUCUUCUCAUGAGGUGGCCAAAGUAUUGGAGCCUCAGCUUCAGGAUCUGUCCUUCAAGUGAGCACUCAGGGCUAAUUUCCUUAAGAAUGGAUGCGUUUGAUCUUCUUGCAGUCCAUGGGACUCUCAAGAGUCUCCUCCAGCACCAUAAUUCAAAAGCAUAAAUUCUUUGGCGAUCAGCCUUCUUUAUGGUCCAGCUCUCACUUCCAUACAUCACUACUGGGAAAACCAUGGCUUUAACUAUACGGACCUUUGUUGGCAAGGUGAUGUCUCUGCUUUUUAAAAUGCUGUCUAGGUUUGCCAUCACCUUUCUCCCAAGGAGCAGGUGUCUUUUAAUUUCGUGACUGCUGUCACCAUCUGCAGUGAUCAGGGAGCCCAAGAAAGUAAAAUCUCUCACUGCCUCCAUUUCUUCCCCUUCUAUUUGCCAGGAGGUGAUGGGACCAGUGGCCAUGAUCUUCGUUUUUUUGAUGUUGAGCUUCAGACCAUAUUUUGCGCUCUCCUCUUUCACCCUCAGUAAAAGGUUCUUUAAUUCUUCCUCACUUUCUGCCAUCAAGGUUGUGUCAUCUGCACAUCUGAGGUUGUUGAUAUUUCUUCCGGUGAUCUUAAUUCCGGCUUGGGAUUCAUCCAGCCCAGCCUUUCGCCUGAUGAAUUCUGCAUAUAAGUUGAAUAGGCAGGGAGACAAUAUACAGCCUUGCUGUACUCCUUUCCCAAUUUUGAACCAAUCAGUUGUUCCAUAUCCAGUUCUAACUGUAGCUUCUUGUCCCACAUAGAGAUUUCUCAGGAGACAGAUGAGGUGAUCAGGCACUCCCAUUUCUUUAAGAACUUGCCAUAGUUUGCUGUGGUCAACACAGUCAAAGGCUUUUGUAUAGUCAAUGAAGCAGAAGUAGAUGUCUUUCUGGAACUCUCUAGCUUUCUCCAUAAUCCAGCGCAGGUUUGCAAUUUGGUCUCUGGUUCCUCUGCCCCUUCGAAAUCCAGCUUGCACUUCUGGGAGUUCUCGGUCCACAUACUGCUUAAGCCUGCCUUGUAGAAUUUUAAGCAUAACCUUGCUAGCGUAUGAAAUGAGUGCAAUUGUGCGGUAGUUGGAGCAUUCUUUGGCACUGCCCUUCUUUGGGAUUGGGAUGUAGACUGAUCUUCUCCAAUCCUCUGGCCACUGCUGAGUUUUCCAAAUUUGCUGGCAUAUUGAGUGUAGCAUCUUAACAGCAUCAUCGUUUAAAAUUUUUAAUAGUUCAGCUGGAAUAUCAUCACUUCCACUGGCCUUGUUAUUAGCAAUGCUUUCUAAGGCCCAUUUGACUUCACUCUCCAGGAUGUCUGGCUCAAGGUCAGCAACCACACUACCUGGGGUGUACGAGACAUCCAUAUCUUUCUGGUAUAAUUCCUCUGUGUAUUCUUGCCACCUCUUCUUGAUGUCUUCUGCUUCUGUUAGGUCCUUUCCACUUUUGUCUUUUAUUAUGGUAAUCUUUGUACGAAAUAUUCCUUUCAUAUCUCCAAUUUUCUUGAACAGAUCUCUGGUUUUUCCCAUUCUAUUGUUUUCUUCUAUUUCUUUGCGUUGCUCGUUUAAGAAGGCCUUCUUGUCUCUUCUUGCUAUUUUUUGGAAAUCUGCAUUCAAUUUCCUGUAUCUUUCACUAUCUCCCUCGCAUUUUGCUUGCCUUCUCUCCCCCGCUAUUUGUAAGGCCUCGUUGGACAGCCAUUUUGCUUUCUUGCAUUUCCUUUUCAUUGGGAUGGUUUUAGUUGCUGCCUCCUGUAUAAUGUUACGAGCCUCCAUCCAUAGUUCUUCAGGCACUCUGUCCACCAAAUCUAAAUCCUUAAACCUGUUCCUCACUUCCACUGUGUAUUCAUAAGGGAUUUGACUUAGAUUGUAUCUUACAGGCCCAGUGGUUUUUCCUACUUUCUUCAGUUUAAGCUUGAAUUUUGCUAUAAGAAGCUGAUGAUCUGAGCCACAGUCAGCUCCAGGUCUUGUUUUUGCUGACUGUAUAGAGCUUCUCCAUCUUUGGCUGCAGAGAAUAUAGUCAAUCUGAUUUCGAUGCUGCCCAUCUGGUGAUGUCCAUGUGUAGAGUCGUCUCUUGUGUUGUUGGAAAAGAGUGUUUGUGAUGACCAGCUUGUUCUCUUGGCAGAACUCUAUUAGCCUUUGCCCUGCUUCGUUUUGAACUCCAAGGCCAAACUUGCCAGUUGUUCCUUUUAUCUCUUGACUCCCUACUUUAGCAUUCCAAUCCCCUGUAAUGAGAAGAACAUCCUUCUUUGGUGUCAUUUCUAUAAGGUGUUGUAAGUCUUCAUAGAAUUGGUCAAUUUCAGUUUCUUCAGCACCAGUGGUUGGUGCAUAAACUUGGAUUACUGUGAUGUUAAGAGGUCUGCCUUGGAUUCGUAUCGAGAUCAUUCUAUCAUUUUUGAGAUUGCAUCCCAGUACAGCUUUCGCCACUCUUUUGUUGACUAUGAGGGCCAUUCCAUUUCUUUUACUGGAUUCUUGCCCACAGUAGUAGAUAUGAUGGUCAUCCGAACUGAAUUCGCCCAUUCCUGUCCAUUUUAGUUCACUGAUGCCCAGAAUGUCAAUAUUUAUUCUUGCCAUCUCAUUUUUGACCACAUCCAACUUACCAAGGUUCAUGGUUCUUACAUUCCAGGUUCCUAUGCAAUAUUUUUCUUUACAGCAUUGGACUUUCCUUUCGCUUCCAGGCAUAUCCGCAACUGAGCGUCCUUUCGGCUUUGGCCCAGCCGCUUCAUCAGCUCUGAAUCUACUUGUACUUGUCCUCCGCUCUUCCCCAGUAGCAUGUUGGGCGCCUUCCGACCUGAGGGACUCAUCUUCCAGCGUCAUAACUUUUAUAUGCCUGUUGCCUUUGUCCAUGGAGUUUUCUUGGCAGGGAUACUGGAGUGGCUUGCCGGUUCCUGCUCCAGGUGGAUCACGUUUGGUCAAAACUUUCCACUAUGACCUGUCCAUCUUGGGUGGCCCUGCACGGCAUAGCUCAUAGCUUCUCUGAGUUAUUGAAGCCCCUUCGCCACGGCAAGGCAGUGAUCCAUGAAGGGGGAUCACAUUACUGCAUUUACUCAAUUCUAAUGCUCACCUUUUUUGGCCAAAUUACGUGGUGAAAAUUAAGGUGCACAUUAGAUUCAAUGGCACAUUUCACCAGCAAAUACUUUUUUUUGUUUCAAGGUUCUGAAAAUUGAUGUGUGCAUGAGAUUCAAUGGUGCAUGAGAUUCGAGUAAAUACUGUAGUUGUUUCAUUUUCUUAAGAAAAUGUGUUUUAAAAAAUCUGAUUCUGUUUUUAGAAGGCUUUAUGAUCAGCCCAGAUUCUCAGGGUCACGACUGUAAAUGAGAAGUACUUUGUAACUUUCUACUUUAUUAGUCUGUGAUACUUUCAGUAAUGAAUUAGCAAUGGCCUUUGGUCCACCUUUGUUCUAAAGCGUAUCUUACAGGGGUUUAAUUUUGCAACAGCCAAGCCUUUUGAAAUCAUCCAUUUUCACAGUCAGUUUCAAUAACAGAAAUCAGGGCCAUCUUCCAAGCAAUUCCCCAUUGUGAGGUCAUAUUGUUCAGAGUGAAGGUGGUUGCCCAGUCAAAACAAUUAUUUUCUCCUAUGCUUUUGUGAAUUGUGGUUUGAGGGUGUCUCUUGCUAGUUCACUGCUUCUUUUUAUAGUCAAGACUUUUUGUGCUUUUUGUGACUUUGUAUUUUUUUUUUAAUUUCUAUACAGCUUUAUAUUUUUAAUAAAAAUCUCAAAGUGGUUUACAGCAUAUUAAAUCAAUAAAUCAAUAAAAUAAUAGCCGGAUGAUGUUUGUAUUUCAUUUUCCCCUAAACUGCCUGGAGAAUAUUAACUAAUUGUGUGCCGGGAAAUAAGAGAUUAUAGAAACUGCUUAGCUCCGACUGUGAAUGGUUAGGGUAUAGUGAAGGCAGUGAUUAAGAACUGCCAUGGAAAGGCUGAUGGAAGCCCUUCCAUGUGGUGGCCGCAAUGGGUGAAUCACCAUAUAAUACAGGUCUGGGUUUAGUGCUGGAUUUUGAUCUUUGCAGCUGGGUUUCCAAUAAUCAACAAGCUGUUAUAGUUCUGUUACCAGGUUGAUGAUGAUUGUUAUGAUUAUUAUUAUUUUGCAACCCACAGUGGAAAAGAUAGGAAAUAGCCAUAAGGUGGUUGUGGUAAAGAAUGUUACCUUAUCUCUUUCCUGGCUUCUAGUACAAACAUAUAUAUUGUUACAAAUUGGGUGUUUCCCCCUUUCCCCACCGAGCAGUGGCAAGAGCCUAUGGGGUUCCUGGGACUCACCCAGGGUUUGGAGAAUUGAGACACCAUGGAGACUGUCAUAGCUUUGAGAAAUACGGUUUAUUCACCUAUUUACACCUUCAGUCUGCAUGGAGGGAGUCCAGAUCUUACAGUAUGGUCCUUUCAAGAGGGGCUUGUCCAAGGCAUCUCUCCCAGCCAGCUCUGCAGUCAGCCUGCUAAAGAUGGAUCCUUCUUCCUCCUUCCUCCUCCCAGCAACCCUUGCUCAAAACUUCUCUUUUCCUGUCACCUCAAACAUUCCAUACGCUGUCUGUUUGCACCUCAGGGAAUGGGGGAAGGAUAGUUCUCUUGCAUGCCAAUGACCCUCUAUUGUUCCUUAAUGGCCCUCGCUUAGCCAGGUUGCUUUGCACAGGAUAGCCCAGGAAUUCCUCUGCAGCUUAUAUUUCUCCCUUCACAUCCCAAAUAAUCAAAAUCCUAGCAUUUAAUAAUUUCUAGGUUUUAAGGGAUCCCUUCGUCUAUAACAAUAUACAUACAUACAUAUCUGAAGGAGCAUCACCAACCCCAUCGGUCAGCCCUGAGGUCCUCUUCUGAGGGUCUUCUGGUGGUUCCCUCACUGCGAGAAGCUAAGUUACAGGGAACCAGGCAGAGGGCCUUCUUGGUAGUGGCGGCCUCCCUGUGGAACAUCCUUCUUUCAGAUAUCAAGGAAAUAAACAACUAUCUGACUUUUAAAAGACAUCUGAAGGCAGCCCUGUAUCAAUAAGUAUUUAAUGUUUGAUGUUUUAGUCUGUUUCAAUGUGAGCUGCCCAGAGUGGCUGGGGAAACCCAGCCAGAUGGGCAGGGUAUGUAUGUAUGUAUGUAUGUAUAAAUAAUAUAUAUAGAGAGAGACAUAUAUACACAUGACAGAUCAGAAGUGUGAAUACGACUGCAACCUUUGUCACCACAGCAAACAUGGAGAUUGCAUUCCCUAGAUGUGGCUUUAGCAGAGCUACAUACCAGGAGAAGGACAGUUUACAUAGAGUCUUAGAAUCAAACGUAAGUCUGAGAAUCUAAUCCAGGAGCCUCACUAGGUCUUUAAACAAUUUAGGACACACGCCCAUAAGUGAUUUUCUCAAAACAUUGCAUAUGUGAAUGUAAAUUAUGAGAGGCAAAUUUUGGCUGACUUUCAAGGUGCAAAUUAUAAAAGUUACACACCCACCUACACACCAAUGUUCCCGAGACUGUGGCUUGGGUGUGUUCCUGGAUUCUUGGGAAUUUUAGGUAGAAGCAGCAGUCAGGAAUGCAUUCUACCAGCCAUGGCCCUAUCUAGAGCAAUCAGACCUUACCACAGUUAUCCAAGCAUUAGUGAAUCUCAGACUCAGCUAUACAGCUGGAAAUAAAACAUUUUGAAUGUGUUGUAAAGUGCAAUACAGUGGUACCUCGGGUUAAGUACUUAAUUCGUUCCAGAGGUCCGUUCUUAACCUGAAACUGUUCUUAACCUGAAAACAACUUUAGCUAAUGGGGCCUCCUGCUGCUGCCGUGCCGCCGGAGCACGAUUUCUGUUCUCAUCCUGAAGCAAAAUUCUUAACCAGGUUAUCUUAGGGACUGGUUGCCCCUGUAUCAACUGGUCCCUGCCUUAAGAUGUACUUCACAGACCCUGUUGAGAUCAUAGAAUCGUAGACUUGGAAGGGGAUCUGAGGACCGUCUGAUCCAACUCCCUGCAAUGCAGGAAUAUGCAGCUGUCCUGUAUGGGGAUCAAACCUGCAACUUUGGUGUUAUCAGCACCAUGUUCUAACCAACUGAGCUAUCCACCUGCAAAUACAAUCAUAUUAGCUGUUUAAAUGAUGAGAAAGGGAUGGUUUUUUAAAAAAAUAUUUGAACUAAUCUUUUAAACUUCGAUGAUAUUUUACUGAACUUACAUUGCAUCCGUUUCAUCCCUUUUGCACAAGCUGCCUGAAGAGGGCUUUUCUCUACAAGGCAGCACAGAAACCUUUUCAAUAAAACAAACAUACUACCAGGAAGUGGCAGUCAGCUGUUUCGAUUACAAAGUUCCUGGCAAGGGGAAGGGGGGUGGGAAUCAACUUCAAUCUUGCCCAAGGCAAACAAAGCAUAAAAGGACAUAUUGUGACUGAUCAUAACCACUCUUAUGGGCAUUAAACAAGAAUUUUCUAGAAUGUUUGUCCCAGGAGAGAUGCUAUUUCUUUGACCCACAUGCUAGAUUUCCACAGCAAAUGAGGAGGGCAAGACUAGACUCUAUUCUUCAUAUAUAGUUGGGACUGAUAAGAUCAGGGGUCGCCUGGGCCGGUUCACUCCUGCGGAGAUUGCUCCGUGGGCCGGAUCGCGUCUUCACAGAUAUGAUUUCCGGCAUCUGUGCAGACGCGAUUUCCGGCGCCGAUUUAGUGCAGCAUGUGGGGACUCACCAAGCAGGCAGAUCAGUUUGGGGGUGGCUCAUGGGCCAUCGGUGGGCCGCUUGUGCCGACCCCUGGAUAAGAUGAUGCUAUCUUUUAUAAUAAAGCACACAUUGUGAUGUGGGAUUACUCUAAGACAGAGCUUUCCAAACUGUGUGUGUCAUGGCAUGUUAGUGUGUCAGCUGCAGUGCGUAGGUGUGUUGUGCAAACACUCCCUGCACUCCUCCCGGGGCUGGAAAGGGGUUACUUUAAGCUCCAGUUUGCUAAUCAAACUGAAUUACUGUGUCGCGAAAUGGUGCAUAUCUAAAAAGUGUGUCACCAACAUUAAAAGUCUGGAAAGCUCUGUUCUAAGAUCUCCAGCGAAUCAUAGUUCACAGCACCUUCACAGAAAUAGAUAGAUAGAUUAUAUAGUAUAUAAUACAAAAUUUUAUUUAAAAUUAAUAAUUGUUGAUACGUUUACUAUGACUUAGACUCCACCUUUGAAGGAAAUGAGUCACUAAUGAAGUGACAGUAAUAAGUGUUUUAAAAAUACUCUAAACCACUAUGCAGUCAAUCUGUGAGAGAAGAGAAAUGCAAAUAUAGCUGUCUGUCUGUUCAGGAUAAAGCUUGUACCACAACUUCCCGCUUCCUGAUAUGCACCAGUGAUUUAAAUCUGCUAGUCAAAUUUUGUUUGUACUGGCAGCCUCAUUUUUUCCUGCUGCCAGAAAUGAUGAUGGAUCUUGUGUUACUUUGAUUUAUAUUUUUCUUUUGAUGUUUGAAGUCCUGUCACAAUACACCAUUCUUUGCAAUCCCAAAUUCUAGAAAUUUAAAGCAGAAUUACAAAAUGCACCAUAUUCUGCUAUUUUUAUUCCUACAUGCAGUGCUUUUUCUUUCUGGGGGUACGCAUACCCCUAAACAUUUUGUGAAUCUACGUUUGGCCUCAUUUGAGGCGCAGUAUUUCCAUAUGAGUAGGAAAAUGAGAGUACCCCUAAACUUUUUUUAUUAAGAAAAAAAGCACUGCCUACAUGUGUGUGAUAAUGACUCAACACAUUUAUGUUGAUUUUUCUUAUAUAUUUCUUAUUCCCUUGCAGAAACAAAUGUUUGUUGAGAUAAGUAAUAAAAUGUUUGGUAUGAGAUACGCCAAAAUUUAAAUCAAUGGAAGUUUACUUUUACUGAUAGGUCUUAAAAUUUAGGAUAACAAUGAUAAAUCUCUGAGAAUUCUCGCAUUUACUGGUAAACCUCAAGGCCAAGCAAAUGACUUUUACUAAAUUUCAUUGCCUUUUCAGUUUACCAUGGUAUGCUGGACAGUGUUCUGCAUAAGCAUUGUGACACAAACAUUUUUGUACAUUAAAGAAAAUGACUUCAUUUCCCUUCAGUAAAUAACCCAAUUUUAUUCACAUUCCAGUGAUUUAGACUGUGUUUUGCUUGUCCCUCUAUACUGAUUGUCUAGGCUAGUGUGACAGUGCAGAUAAUUCUGAACAGUACAGCUACUCAGAGAACCAAUUCAAUUUUUGUGAGGAAAAGGAACAUUGUUGGUUUGAUCAGGACUAAAACCUGACAUAACCUCUAGGUUGGGGCCAGCAUCAGGGGUUGGCAAUGUCUGCCUACAUUAGGGCCCUCACUGCUGAUUCUCAGAGCUCCCUGGUCUUGCUCUUCCUUUUCCUCUUUUGUUGUCUGUCCUCUCGCUUGUCCUCUCCAACCAUGCAGACAGCAAGAAGAUUAAGAAGAAUGAGCAACAGUCUCCACUUGCCUCUGCUUCUGGUGCUGAAUGGGAGGAUGAGCAAAAGGGCAGUGGUGACAAGGAGGCAGGCCCACUCAGAUAUGAGGUGCCAUUGAAGCAUCUUGCACAAGCCCACACAUGCCCCAAUCUGGAGCCAACACUGAUGAUGGAAAUUGGAAACCAAGGGAAUGGUAGGUGCGGGAGGAUAAGGCUUGAGGACAAGGGCAGAGGGGAGAGGACCUUGAGGCAAGAUGGACUAAUGAGAAUGGUGUAUCUGAAGAAAUCCCUCUGUAGCAAUGAGGGCCAAGAAGUAAUUGGAUAUAGCAUCAUAGAAUCAUAAAAUUGUAGAGUUGGAAGUGCCCCUUAGUCCAAUUCCCUGCAAUGUGGGAAUCUCAAUCCAUUGAGGGACAAUGAGGGAAUCCCCAAUCCAAUUAGAAACCAUACCAGACCCUGCUUACCUUUGCAUAUUAUGCAGGAGCUGGAGAAUGAUAUGUUCACGUAAGAGGGCUUUUGUGAGAAAACCUAUUUAAUCAACUGAGAAAAUAUUUCAAGCUUCCAGAGAACGUGAGGACCUUGAUUUAAAAUAUUCUAAAGCCAAGGCCAUCUUGUUGGUUUUAUACCAGCCUCUAGCUGGGAAGUGUUAUAGAAAACGGAGGCUCAGAAUCUGAAAGGGCAUUUUUUUCAUUGUCCAGGAGUUAAUAAAUAGCCUAAGACAAGUAGCCAUUGAGCCAUUGAGCAACACCACAGCAAGAGGAAGAAAGAACAACAAGGCAUCUUUUAUGCAAAGGAGGAAAUAAAAUAUUUUCACUGCUGGGAAUUACCCCUUAUAACAAAGUCCAUCACCUGAUGCCCAGAGAAUACAUUCUUCAGGCUAUUUGCACACUGCUUACUUGGCAUUCGCUAUAGUCUCUGCCUGCAUGAAUACUGCAAAACACCCCUUCCUGGCUGGUAAGAUGACUUGGCUGCCAUGACUACACGCUCGCCCCUGCACAAUGGCACUCACACAAACACAACCUAUGCCUCUUCCCAUGCGAAUGUUUUCAAGCCUUGAGGAAAUACAGUAGAUCAGAGCGAAGCUUCAGGCUGCCUCAGGCCAUGCCUCAAAUUCAGUGUGAAACACUUGCAGUGAAAUCCUGUACAUGUCUGCUCAGAGGGAAAGGAGGGGCAGGCAGAAAUUAGUGGGUUUUCUUGGUUUGUUAAAAGCCUUAUGGAGGGAGGAAGAGGAAAAAGCAAGGAUUUUGGAUGUACAUUCUACGAUGGGAGACUUUGCAGGAGGGUUAGUACCUUACAAGAACUAACUUACUUGCAAACUGAACAUGAAGUUGAACUGGAAUUGGGGUCAAGACUUGGAAUGAAGUGAUGUGUUCAGGUACAGGUUCCAAGAAAAACAGCUGAUACCCAUACCCUUAGCCUUCUGAGCCUUUGGUGUUGCCACUGAUCUUGCUCCUGAAUGCAUAUAUUGUGCAGCAGUAGUAGAGCUGUGUGAACCCCCCACCCCCCCACCCAAGGCCAUUAUAUAUAAUGCCAGGUAAGUCUUAUUUUCGAAGGUACCAAGGACUCGCAUGGGCCCCAGUAGCUAUGGAGGAAUUAUAGAGGUGGGAGGGAUCUUGCAGAACAGCUAGUCCAAACCACUGCUUGAUGCAGAACAUUCAGAGCUACAUGAAGACUGCAGUCAGCAGUGGUGCAUACUCUCCUGAAGGCAGUGUUGCAUUUGCCAGGAUGGGGAGGGGUGCAGGUUGGGGGAACUCUUGAGUUGGUGGCGGCUUUCUGCCUGUGGAAAGCUGCUGCCAUCAACCCAGAACUUUCCCGACUUUGUGGCCACCUCACCCUAUCCUUAUCUCAGAGAGCAGCAACACCGCCACUGCUGAAAGGGUGCCAUUCAGCACCCUAAAAUGCUGGUGAUGAUCCCAUGAAUGGCUGUCCAUUCUGUGCUUAAUAAACUCUAGCGAGGAAUAGCCAGCCAGCUCUGUAGGUAAUAGAUUCCAUUGUCAAACACCUCUUACCAUCAAUAAGAUUCUCCUCAUGUUCAACCAAAAUCUACCUCCCUCUAACUGAAGAUCAUUAGCUCUCAUCUUGCCCCUGGGGCAAAGGAGAAAAUUCAAGGCAAACACUGCCCUCUAACCUUUGUGUUUCUGACUAAAGGAGAAGAGGUGUAAAGGUCGGAUCAGCUGUAAACUUAGAAUGUAAACUCUCAGGAUUUUAAGGAGUGGUUUUUGGCAGCUCUUGAGUUGCCUAACAUGUAGCCUUCUUUCUUCUUAAGUCAGCACGUAACAGGGCAGCAAGGAGAGUGCCAGAAACACUAUUUAGGGAAGCGAGAGGUAGGUGGCAAAGACCAGUCUUUGGGAGAGUACUGUGUUUGUGAAUGUAUGUAUCACCCUAUUAAAAUUGGAUGUGGGUGGAAGAAAUCGUCACCCUUUUGGUCUGAUCCCUGAAAGGUAGAAGGAAGAGACAGCAAAUGCCUACUGGAGGGAUUGUUCCCGAAUUGGGGUCUAAUUUGGCAUUGAUUCAGAUUUCUAGCAAUCAAAAGUUGGAACCCUUUGAAAAAGGGAACUGGGUCCCACGUUUUGGUUCAGUCCGUUGCCAAACUUUAUCGUAUCUACUUGAUUAACCAGUUUCUAUUUAGACUGCCUUGGCUGCGUGUCCCUAUGAUGUUCAGCCCUUUUUAUUUCUGAAUAAAUAUUUGCAGGAAAUUUAAGACAAUGUGAUGGGCAAGAAGAUAGAGACAGGACAGAAUGCUGUUCUGCAAGCUGCCUUGGUUGUAAGCUCUACUAAAUGUAGGCAUUAGAAAUAUUGAACAAACACGCUGUGUUAGAAAAACUCUGCAGGAAUAUUGUGAGUGAAUGAGGGCUAAGAGAGCAAUACUAGUUAAACGCUGCUGCCACACACACACACAUUCAAACACACAAACAAACAACAAUUUCCACCAUCACAAUCCUCUGCUCGAGUGGAACAGGAUAGAACGGCAGGGGGAUGUAAGGAAGCAAACAUUGAAGGUGACUCAAGAUGGAACAUGCAACUUAAUUCUGAGCAGAAAUCUCUAUCAACAGAUGACAGAGCUGCUAAGUUUGGAGGCUCCAAAAACUUCAACAUCAUGAGAUUUUGAAUGUUGUCUUCUCAAUUUCCAGUCUUUACACCAUCUGUCUGCAUCAGGAGUGGUGAUGGGCGGGAUGAUGGCCAAUAAUCUGAAGCUGAAUUUGGGGAAGGGUCAUAGCACAGUAAUAGAACAUUUGCCUUGUUUGCAGAAGGUCCCAGGUUCAAACUUCAGCAUCUCCAGGUGGGGCUGGGAGGACUAUUUACCAUAUCUCUGGAGAGCUGCUGCCAGGCAAUGUAGACAAUACAUGAAUCCAUGGUCUGACUCAAUGUAAGGCAGCUUCUUAUGUUCCUAAUCCUGACAAAAUGGAGAUGAUGUGGGUCAGUAGUUCCUGAGCAGCUUGGCUCUCAAGUGCUUGAAGGAGCGCCUCCCAAACCAGACUUUGCCAGCAGUGGAAGAGACUUUGUUCGUGGUUCAGGAAAUGGUGGCAGUGAGGAGGACAGUCACACAAUAUGGCAUUCCCCAUGGCAGCACCACACCUAUGGAAGUUCCUCCUAGGUGAAAUCAGACUGUCUCCUCACUUUGAAAAUGCACCUAUUUAUCCAGCUAUGAUUUGAGUUUGGGAGGUAUUGCCUGUUGCUGUUUUAUUGCUGGGGGGGCUGGUGAAUGCUUUUAAUGUGUUCUUUGACAUUGUGUUAUCUGCCUUGUGCUCCUUUUUGGAAAGGAAGGUGUGGCGUGAAAAUAACAACUAAAUAAAUAAUUAGCAACACACUUUUUAAAGCACUGAUAUAUCCUCUUAUUCAUAAGGCCAGUUAGGAACAAGUAUUAUUAUAUUUUUUAAAAGCCCAAUGAAAUAAAAGCAUCAGAUUUGCCUUAGCUCUGCAAGAGUCCCUGGCAUUCAACAGCAUCAGGCUGGAAGCAUCCUUUUCUAGCUCAGUUAUACAUACUAGAACCCAGUAACCCAGUUUGCACAACACACCAGGACAAACUGUGGAGUGGAACUUGCACACACUUUGCUCUUUUUUUGCUGCUGCAUUAGGCUAAACCAAGUUUUGGCUUUACAGUGGUACCUCGGGUUAAGUACUUAAUUCGUUCCGGAGGUCUGUUCUUAACCUGAAACUGUUCUUAAUCUGAAGCACCACUUUAGCUAAUGGGGCCUCCUGCUGCCGCUGCGCCACCGGAGCCCAAUUUCUGUUCUUAUCCUGAAGCAAAGUUCUUAACCUGAAGCACUAUUUCUAGGUUAGCGGAGUGUGUAACCUGAAGCGUAUGUAACCUGAAGCGUAUGUAACCCGAGGUACCACUGUACAGUGUUUCCUUGAACUGGGCCAAGGCUACAGCUCAAGACGGGAUAAAAUAACUUAGUUGCAAGUCCCAGUUUGGAUGACAUACUAAACCAAAACAUGGCUUAGCUCAGAGUGACAUUGCAGAGAAGGGGAUGGGGGGGGGGGGGGAGCAAAGUGAGCUGCUCUUUGGGAGCCUGCACAUUCACACAGUCUCACUAAGCCCAGGUUUGGCUUAGCAUGUUGUGUGAAUGAGCUCAGUCUCUUGUUUUUCUUAUUAUGAACAGCUGCUAGGAGUCUCAUGGCACUAUAACUAUAUAAUGCUUCCUGACUUUUAUAGUUUUAUAUUUACUUGAAAUGCAGUUUCGAAUCAUGAGAGUUUGAAUAGAGCAAAUGAAGAGCAAAGACUUGGAGGCAGAAAAGGGUAUAGAGAUAAGGCUUGGAGAGGUGACCCAGCAAAUAGUGGAACAGACCACCCAUAAAACUGCCGCUCCAUGGCAUGAUGUGAGCAUCGCUUCUGUUCUGAUGACAUAUGUAAGCAAGAACAUUGUCCCUCAGAAAGGUUUCGAUGUUGACGAAGAUGAUAAUGGGGCCUCUAGAUAUACUGAGAUAUAACAAGCCCUCCUUGCCUAGGGGUUCUUUCCACACAUCCUGCUGGAAUCAAUAGCAAAACUGCCAUAGAUUUUAAUAGAAAUAGAUUAGGUCCUAUUAAAACAGUGGCAAGAGUGUUUUCUGGUCUUCGGUGUAUGUUGCCAGACACAUCUGUACAUUGCGACUGCCCUCUAGUGCAUCAUUUUAGAAUUUCAUCACACAGUCAAAUCUAUGUAGUUCAUAAAUCCUUUGAACUUCUAAAAGUUAUUUAAAACUUUCAAACUCUCUAACUUUUAAUAAAUGAACUGGUUAGUCAAUUAGUAUAAAUAUUACUGUAUGCAAUGAAUUUUGAGGAUGUUUCUUCGAGCUCACAGUUUCUCUUAGCUAAAUAACACAAUGUUAUGGGGAAAUUAUCUCAAAUUCAUUACCCGGAUCAAGCAAUAUUCACAAUGCCAGGCUGAACUGAACAUCAUUAUGCCAGGCAUAAUGAUUCUUAUUUUUUAUGUUUUCACUUAAGAUUCUAUGCAGGUUUAUUUAGCUGAUGUACUAUUGAAGCUUGUUUAACACACACACACACACACACACACACACACACACACACACACAAUAUCCCUAUCUUAGAUGUUGCCUAUUUACAGAUGUAAUUGUUUCUUUUUGAAUUUCAGUUUGUAUGA